AUGCUGCGCCGUGCGCCGUGCCUCCUUGCGACGAAUAUUCCGCGAAGUGCGUGGGACCCGGCGCACUUCAACACGAAUUGGUCUGACAGCUACAGCACCGAGAUUGCGGCCCGUCGUCACUGGCCCGCAAAGAAGUGGUCCAUCGGCCUCGAGCCUCGCACCCCACGUGAUUGGCUGCAGUUCUCCUAUCGCAAUCUUGCCUACGCAUACAACGGUGCCUUGCGUGCCUGCCAGUCGUUUCCGGAAAUGUUGGUAUGCUACAAGGAAAUGAAGCAGCGCGGGGUCAAGGUGGAUGUGGACACAAUGAAUGUUCUUCUUACACGCGCCGCCCGCUACGAACGGAUUCAGGUGGAUGAUGUUUUUCUUCUUUUUGAUGAGCUGACUGCGCUGGGCGCACGCCCUGACAUCGCGGCCGUUGAAACACUGCAUACAGUACUGGACCACAGUGCCGCAAUGCCAUACGAGUGGCGAGAGGCCCGCCGUCGGCAGCUGGUGGAGUUGUAUAAUUGCUUAGCGAUGGAGGAGAUUGAGAGACUCGCCCCGCAUCGUGUGGAUCGGCUGCUGAAGGAGCAAAUCAAACGUUAUCGGGAUAACCUGCGUGCACUGAAGGCAAGCCUGAGUCCCUCCGUAUACCGACGCUACUUGCACACGAUGCAUUCCGCCUCGAUGCUCUUGGAGGAGGUACAUAAUUUUUUGUGGGAACUUGUGGAAAGUGAUCACCCCGCGAUGGAAAUUCCUGCGCUACAACUACGAAUCCCAUUUGUUGGCUCCGUCAUGCGGCGUCCCGAAACAGACACUAAUGAAA